UGAAUUCAGAAAAUUGUGGCUUAUAUCUGAAGCAAUUAUGAAGAAACAUACAUCAACACAAAGAAUCACAGUUUCUCAAAAAAAGACAUCUCCCAAAAACAUUUACCUCUGUUCAGAAUUCAGAUGGAGAUUAGCAGAGCUGCCAUCCACUUCCAUUCCCACAUGUGUCUCUAAUUCGUCAAUAUUGGAAUACAUAUGUCUGGGCUUCCAUUUCAAACACGUUAUAGUAUUUGGAAGUAUUUGUUAAAGAAUAGAACAACAUUGUGUGAUGAUGGAGUCUUCCUUUUGCUUGGUGGUCUUGUUUUCAUGUCUCACACUCCUGUCUCAAUCUAUGUUGUCACAGUGUCUCCCCUCCCUGUCUUUGAAGAAGAAACACUGCCACGAUGAUGAGAUGGCUGCCUUGCUCCAAUUCAAGCACAGCUUUGUGAUCAACACCAAUCACUGCUAUGAUCAUCAUCAUCAUCAACAACAACAUAAACUGGAAUCAUGGAAUGAAGGGGAUGACUGCUGCUCCUGGGAGGGCGUGGGGUGUGAUGACCGAAGUGAUCAUGUCAUCAUCUUAGACCUCAUCCGGAGUUGCCUCUAUGGUUCCAUAAAUUCCAGCAGCGCCCUCUUUACCCUCAUUCACCUCCAGAGGCUUGACCUCUCAGGGAAUGACUUCAACUCUUCUCGCAUACCCUCUGCAAUCGGAAACCUCUCCGAUCUCACUCAUCUCAAUCUGUCCUAUUCGAGACUCACUGGCCAAAUCCCACAACAGCAACUCUCCAACAUUACCACUUUGGUGUCCCUUGAUUUGUCUUGUAAACACGGUCUGAAAGUUGGCAGUCUGAAAGGGCUAGUACAACGCAUGAUCAGUUUGAAGGAGCUCCAUCUCUCUGGUGUGGACAUCUCUUCUUCAGCUGUGCCUGCUGACCUCCUCUUGAAUUUCUCAUCUUUACAAUCUUUGCUUCUUGCUGGUUGUGGACUGCGAGGCGAGUUUCCCGUGGCCAUUUUCGAUCUCCCAAAACUCAAGAUGCUCGAUCUAAGGGACAAUAAUGAUCUCAGAGGCUAUUUGCCCAACUUCCGUUUAGGGAGUCCUCUUCAAUCGCUGCGGCUCUCAUAUACAAGCUUUGGGGGAGUGUUGCCUCCUUCCAUUGGAGAUCUUGCCUCUUUGGAAUAUAUAGACAUCUCCCAUUGCAAUUUUACAGGGAAGCUUCCGAUGUCACUCGGUAAUCUCACCCAACUUGUUGCUUUCAAAAUUUGGGACGGUAAUCACUUCAGCCCUGAUAGUCUUACUACCACUUCAUUGUCAUGGAUUAGUAAGCUCACCGAAAUCAAUUAUUUGGGCCUUGGAUUCAUGAACUUGACAGGAACAAUUACUCACUUGAGUGUCCUUAUCUUGAGAUCUAAUAGUUUGCAUGGUGUCGUUAAUGAUGGUUUUGGAUUCUCAAACCUUCGAGUCCUCGACUUAUCCAACAAUAGUUUAAGAGGGAAGUUGCCAUCAAAGUUCCUUGACACCUCGAAUCCCAUGAGAGCCUUAAAUGCAAGUCGAAUGGUGGGAUACAUGGAGCAGUCCUUGGAUCCAAAUUCUGCUUUGGUUUAUGAAGAUUAUUACGUGAUUAUAUUGCAGUUUAUGGAGCAUACCCUAGCUCCGAUCAUGGGACUGAAUGACUUUGAAUCCAUUUGGCGAUUUGAAGAAUGCGGUUCAUUUGAUUACUCAAUGACCAUGCAUAACAAAGGUUUGGAAAUGAACUAUAUGAAGAUUCCAGAUAUUCUUUGUGGCAUAGACUUCUCCUCCAACAAUUUUGAAGGGCAUAUUCCUGAUGCUUUUGGAGAUCUUGUGGGGCUUCAACUGCUAAAUCUUUCUAGAAACCAUCUCACUGGUCACAUACCAUCUUCUAUCUCCAACAUGAAAAAUUUAGAAUCUUUGGAUCUCUCCCAAAACCAACUCUCGGGACAGAUCCCUACGGAGCUCACAAAACUCACAUCUCUUUCAUCAUUUGACGUGUCCUUUAACAAUCUCUCUGGCCCUAUACCACAAGGAAAUCAGUUCUGUACCUAUGACUCCAAACCAUAUGAAGGGAAUCUUGGAUUGUCCGUUGAAACAUGGACUAAGCAAUGUGGAAAUGCAAGGUCUUUGCCACAAGUGCCGCAACUUCAGCCGCCAUCCAUUAUUGAUGAUGAUGAUGAUGAUUUCAAAAUAAAGUGGAUGAUAAUAUCGAUUGGAUUCCUAGGCGGUUUGGUUGUUGGAGUGAUCCUUGGAAAUGAGUUUACUACAAGAAAACACUAUUGGUUUGUCAAUACUUUUUCAAAAGGAAACCGAUAUGGCAUCGGAAUUGGGGCUGUGAUUUGCCUCAUUUCAAUCUUUGAGCUCUGCAGUUUUGCCGUUCACCACAACGUGCAAGUUUGUACAGAGAGAUUUGCCGCAGGCAACAACAAACCUGCUAUGUUAUAUGGGGUAGAGUGUUGGGCGGUUAAGAAGACUCAUGUGCGUCGUCUGCAUGCGGCAGAGAUACGCAUGUUACGAUGGAUGUGUGGGAAGACAAGGUUGGAUAGGAUUUCGAACGAAGUUAUUCGACGUCAGGUAAGCAUGGCACCUGUGGAAGAUAAGUUGCGGGAAGCGAGGUUGAGAUGGUUUGGCCAUGUGAGACGGCGGGAUGCUGACGCCCCUGUACGGAGAUGCGAGAGGAUUAAGGUUAGCAGGGGCCUCGGAAUUGGGGCUGUAAUUUGCCUCAUCUCAAUCUUUGAGCUCUGCAGUUUUGCCGUUCACCACAACUUGCAAGUUUGUACAGAAAGAGUACUGGAAUCAUGGAAAGAAGGGGGUGAUUGCUGCUCGUGGGAGGGUGUGGAGUGUGAUGAACAAACUGAUCAUGUGAUCGGCUUAGACCUGAGUAAGAGUUUCCUCUAUGGUUCCAUAAACUCCAGCAGCCCCCUCUUUACCCUCACUCACCUCCAAAGGUUGGACCUCUCCUGGAAUAACUUCAACUUUUCUCACAUACCCUCCGCAAUCGGAAACCUCUCAAGUCUCACUCAUCUCAACCUGUCCGCUUCGUACUUUGAUGGCCAAAUCCCACAACAGCUCUCCAAUAUUACCACUUUGGUUUCCCUCGACCUCUCGUUCCGUCUGAUAUCUCUUGAUGUAACACCCGAGUUGGAAGUUGGUAGUCUGAAAGGACUAGUUCAACACAUGACCAAUUUGAAGCACCUUGAUCUAUCUGGUGUGAUCAUCUAUUCUUCAAAUCUACCUCAUGACCUCCUCUUCAAUUCCUCGUCUUUAGAAACGCUCGUUCUUAAUGGGUGUGGCCUGAUGGGUGAGUUUCCCGUGGCCAUUUUCAAUCUCCCAAAGCUCAAGGUGAUCAAUCUAAGUAACAAUUAUGGUCUCAAAGGUCAUUUGCCCAACUUCCCAUCAGGGAGUCCUCUUAAAUCGCUGCUGCUCUCUGGAACAAGUUUUGGAGGAGUGUUGCCUCCCUCCAUUGGAAAUCUUGGUUGUUUGGAACAUAUAGACAUCUCUCGUUGCUAUUUCACAGGGAAGCUUCCGAUGUCACUCGGUAAUCUUACCCAGCUUGUUUCUUUGGACAAUCUUAUUUGGGAAGGUAAUCACUUCAGCCCUGAUAGUUUCACUACUAGUUCAUUAUCAUGGAUCGGUAAGCUCACCAAGCUCACUUCUUUGAGCCUUGGAAACAUGAACUUGAAGGGUGAGAUCCCAUCGUGGCUCAUGAACCUUUCUCGACUUACGGAGCUAUAUAUCAAUGAUAAUCAACUUACUGGUCCAAUCCCAUCUUCCUUCAGGAACCUCACUCAACUCAUAUACAUCGACUUGUCACACAACAAAUUAUCUGGUCCCUUUCCAUCUUGGCUCACGAACCUCACUCAGCUCAUGCAUAUCGACUUGUCACACAAUCAUUUAAAUGGCCAAAUCCUGUCCCAGUUUAAUGGCAUUACUGAGUGGUUGGACCUUUCGUAUAAUAAUUUGGAGGGAUCUCUUCCUACAAAUAUAUCUACUCUCCAUAACCUUAAGUUUCUUUCACUUGAGCGUAAUAGAUUAGUUGGCUCCGUGGAGCUAAGUGCAUUCUCUUGCUUCCAAAAUUUAACUUCUUUAAUCUUGUCACAUAAUAAUUUUGCAUUGAGCGUAAAGAAUAUUAGCUCAAAAGUUGCCAUCUACUUUCCAAGCUUACAUGUUAUAGGGUUGGCUUCAUGUAAUCUGCAUGAGUUUCCUACAUUCCUACCCAACAACAAACACACAUUGGAGUAUUUGGAUCUUUCUGAUAACUAUUUGAGAGGCCAAAUUCCUGCUUGGGUUUUCGACAUUGGUCAAAAUUCUCAAAAUGGAAUGGAUUUAAACCUUUCUUAUAACCUUUUAAGUAGUUUUGAACAAGAUCGUCAAGUUUUUCAUCUAACGGGCAGGAUACAAAGUCUAGACAUUAGGAAUAAUAUGCUACAAGGACAUCUCCCAAUCCCACUGCCUUCCUCAUCCUCACCUUUGUUUUCCUACCUAAUUUCAAACAACAAUUUGUCAGGUGAAGUCUCACCCCUCAUUUGCAAUUUAAAUUAUCUUGCGAAUCUUGAUCUGUCCUUCAAUAGUUUCAGUGGAAAGCUUCCCGAAUGCUUGAGCAAUUUUAGCAAUUUCCUUUCAGUAUUGGAUCUAAGAGGGAACAAAUUUAAUGGAAAUAUUCCAUCAACGUGGAGAGAUGGAUGCCAACUGACAAUGAUAAGUAUGAGUCAUAAUGAGUUAGAAGGGCCGUUGCCGAGGUCAUUAGCGAAGUGUUCAUUCUUGGAGUUUGUUGAUUUUGGUAACAACCGAAUAAAUGAUACUUUUCCAUUUUGGUUAGGAACCCUUGCUAACUUGAGUGUCCUUAUUUUACGAUCCAACAGUUUGCAUGGUGUCAUUAGGGAUGAUUUUGGAUUCUCAAACCUUCGAGUAAUCGACUUAUCCAACAAUAGUUUCAGCGGGAAGUUGCCAUCAAAGUUCAUUGGCACCUGGAAUGCCAUGAAAACACCAGAUUCAAGUCACUCUAUUGCAUACAUGGAGAACUUGUUUUUUUCAAAUGUGAGUUGGACUUCAGGAGAUGGCUCAUUUGAUUACUCAAUGACCAUAUAUAACAAAGGAUCAGAAUUGAAUUACACAAAGAUCCCAGUUAUCUUUUAUGCCAUGGAUUUCUCUUCCAACAGGUUCGAAGGACAUGUUCCGGAUGUGAUUGGAGAUCUAACUGGGCUUCAGCUGCUAAAUCUUUCCAGAAACCAUUUCAGCGGUCAGAUACCAUCUUCUUUCUCAAACAUGAAAAAUUUGGAAUCUUUGGAUAUUUCCCGGAACCAACUUUCAGGACAGAUUCCAACUCAACUCACAGAACUCACUUAUCUUUCAUCAUUUGACGUGUCGUAUAACAAUCUCUCUGGCCCUAUACCACAACGAAACCAGUUCUGUAACUACGACCCCAAAUCAUAUGAAGGGAAUCCCGGAUUGCGUGUCGAGACUUGGAGUAAGCAGUGUGGAAAUGCGAGGACAAUGCCUCGACUGCAACAGCCUCCGUCCAUCACAGAAGAAGAGGAAGAAUCAGAAUCAGACUUCAAAAUAAAGUGGAUGAUAAUAUUGAUUGGAUUUGUUAGUGGUUUAGUGGGUGGAGUGGUCGUUGGGAACGAACUCACCACAAGAAAGCAUUAUUGGUUCGUCAAGACUUUUGCAAAGAUACAGAGAUGGUACGCCUGAGAUCACGGGAAGCAUACAUACUGAUAAACCUCAGCUGUGUUUGGAAUCAGAAAGAGAAAUAAAUGGUUUUGAGUGUGUUUAAUUGUUGUUGUUAUGUAUUAUCUGCUGUAAUGUAUUUUAUCUUUAUCAAGUGAUGCUAUUUGAUCUAUGUUAGAUGGUU